GAUAGACGAAUUAACUUUAUAAAUCAGAAAUGUAAGAUCCCUUUUUCUGAUAUUAUUGAUUUUACAAAAUUCGUAUUUAACAACACGUAUUUUUCGUUCGAUGGAAAAUUCUAUAGACAAGUUUACGGUACACCGAUGGGUUCUCCAAUCUCAGCUUUUGUCUCUGAUAUUGUUAUGGAUGAUCUGGAAACUGAAUGUUUAAAAGAGUUAAAAGAAAAACAUGAUUGUGUCCCUCUGUUCUAUUUUAGAUAUGUGGAUGACACAAUCUUAGCAGUUAAAAAAGAACAUGUUAAUUUGGUCGUUGAUACUUUUAAUUCUUAUAAUCAAAAACUACAAUUCACCGUAGAAAAAGAAAAAGAAUAUUCUAUUAAAUUUCUCGAUUUAAAUCUUGUUAGAGAUAAUAAUAAAAUUAUUACAAAUUGGUAUCAAAAACCGACUUCAUCGGAUAGACUUAUCAAUUAUUUUUCAGAUCAUCCAAUUCAACAAAAAAAGAAUAUUGUAUACAAUCUCGUCGACAGAGCGAUUUCAUUGUCCAACAAAAAAUUCCAUUUUGAUAACUUGAAAAAAAUUAAAACUAUUUUGAAAAAUAAUAACUAUCCUAUCGAUUUCAUUGAAAAUCAAAUAAAAAUUCGUAUGAACAAAAUAAAAUUUUCUGAUGUAAAUAAUAAUAAUAAAAAUAAUAUUUAUAGCCAAACUCCUAAAGUUUGUCUACCUUUCAAUGAAAAAUGUUUUUUCAAGUUGUCAAAUAUUUUCAAAGAGUUUCAUUGCACUUCUAUCCCCCUUAUAAAUAAAAACUCUAACUCCAUCGUUAGAUUAGGUAAAGAUUCGACGAAAAAAUGGGAUAGAACUAAUGUUGUAUACAAGUUUAAUUGUAAAAACUGCCCUGCAACAUAUAUUGGCGAGACGAAACGAUCAUUAUUUACUCGCAUAAAUGAACACAAAAAAGUGAAUGACAACUCUGUAGUUUAUCGACACCGAACCAAUUUUAAUCACGAUUUUGACUGGGAAAACACAAAAAUCUUGGACAAUGAAAAAAAUUUUACAAAACGACGAAUAUCUGAAAUGAUCCAUAUUAAAACUAAUCGUUCCACUAUCAACAGAAAGGAAGAUAUUUUCACUCUAAACAAAACCUUCUUUCCUCUUCUCAGACGUAUAGACUCUUGCCUUUAACGAUACACAACAAUAACAUAACUUUCUGACAACCUGUGUUUAUAUAUAAGUUCAUUGCCCCUUCUCGUAUCAAUUUGACUUUCUUAUAUCGUUAAAUUCUAAUUUUAUUUCAGUUGACACUGAGACAGUGUAAUGAAAUGUCUUCCUUUCUAAAUUUUAACUCUAUUUUUAACUAUUUAAUGUGGAACAUGUGUUGUAUUUUAUUUAUUUAUUGUUUUUUAUUUCUUGACAAGUUAAAACGUGUCUCUAUGUUUUAAUGAAUUAGCCUGAUGAGGUUGGCAAACCUUAGCCAACGAAACGUCGCUAUACUGACAAUACACAUUGGAUUUUAUUCAAUUUCCACCUUCCCAUGAUCAUUUAUUCAACAACUAUAUCUACAGUUAGGGUUGACUAAAAUUAGAAUUACUCAUUUGUAAAUCCAAUAUUCAGGAUCCAAAAACUAAGAUUAUAGGAUUAUUUGAAUCCGAUUAUCUAAAAAUAUAAAUAUAAUAAAUUUUGAUGA